CGUGUCCCGUUUCACCCGGAGGUUGUGAGCAGGCGCAGACCGAGAGGUUCUUGCGUCGUUCGGAGAGAGGCGCUGAGGAGCUUGGGAUAUUGCAGCCCAGGGAGUCUGGCAGCGGAACGAUCGUUUGGUGGCCGUUACUCCGCGCGCGAGGGCCUUUUUUUCCCCCCUCCCUUGCGAUUAAAGCGACGGGAAGCGCCGAGGGACAUACGAAGGAGGCGUCUCCCGAUUCCCCAGGGCCCUUAACACGUCACCCCUCGAUGCGUUUGUAAGUGCCGGAGCAGGAAGCAGCGCGAUGGCUUCAAGCAGCGGCACCGAUGUGAUUCAGGUCACCAACGUCUCCCCGAGUGCCAGCUCGGAACAGAUGCGGACUCUCUUCGGCUUCCUGGGCAAGAUCGAAGAAUUGCGCCUCUUCCCCCCCAAUGACUCUCCUUUGCCUGUUUCUUCCCGUGUGUGUUUUAUAAAGUUCCAAGAACCUGACUCGGCAGUUAUGGCUCAGCACCUGACAAAUACUGUAUUCGUUGACCGAGCAUUGAUAGUCGUACCCUGCGCAGAAGGUUUGUGAAUUGUUUAAAGAUCUAUGAAGCCGUAGACCUCUGGUAUUAAAUCCUGAUGUAGUUGAAUAGCAUGAAGUUUAGCAUAUAAAAUAGCCAAGCUUUUUGCAGUUUUAAAACCCUUGGUAUACCCUCAUCUUUGAUUUCUAUACAACAGACAGAAAAUACCGAUUCAACACUUGCUGGAGCUUGCCCAUCAGUUUUUAGAAUAAUUUUAUAUUCACACAGCAUUAUUUGAUUUAUUUUUUAAAGCUAUCUUUUA